UCUGCUCUAUGGACGGUUUGUGACUGAAAAUCUGAAAAACUGAGAUUGUUCUCGAUUCCGAAUUCAUUACUUUUCGGUAAAUACCUGAUUAUAGAAAAAUCAGUACAAUGUUACAGAAAAUUCGCCGGUAGUUCUUUUAUGUCAACAAUAUAUUCAGCAAUUAUCACAAUUUUAUCUCCAAUGAUUUCACAAUAUUAUUUGUGUAGGUUACUUUAUAAAUAGUUAAAUCCAUUCAAUUUACUUUUUUGAAAUCUGAAGAAUAAAGAUGUUUUGUUGGGGUAAUUCAACUCAUCAUGAGUUGUAUAUAAAUGGAGCAGAUAUAAAAGAUUUGGUUAUAAAACCAACAUUAUCGAAAUGGAAGGAAAGCAAUCAUUUACAAGUUGUAGCUGCUGGAGAAUUCCAUACCCUGUAUCUAACAAACCAUGGACAUUUGUAUUCUUGUGGAAGCAAUGAUGUGGGCCAACUUGGACGUCACACACAAAGCAGUGAUGGAGAAACCCCAGAUUUAGUUGAAACUUUCAAAGGCUGUACAAUAUCAACAGUAGCAUGUGGAAUUCAGCACUCAAUGGCGCUAGAUGAAUGGGGCCAGCCAUUCAGUUGGGGUUCGGACAGUAUGGGACAACUGGGGAGCAAUCUUGGUGCUCAUGCUCAAGACAAACCCAAAAUUAUUAAGUUCCUUGCAGCAAAAAGUGUAAUACAGAUUGCAUGCGGAUCAUAUCACUCAAUUGCUCUAACAAAUAAUGGUGAUCUAUAUUCAUGGGGUGCAAAUAGUUAUGGACAAUGUGGGUUGGGAAAUAUGACAAACAAGGAAACCACACCACAACAGAUUACAUCAUUGUUUGGUGUGCCUAUAGCAUUGGUGGCUUGUGGUAGUAACCACACAUUUGUUUUAUCUAAAUCCGGUGCAGUUUUUGGUUGGGGUAAAAAUAGUAAUGGACAAUUAGGCCUACAAGACAGAGAGAAUAGAUAUUAUCCUACACAUUUGAAAACAUUGAGAAAUGUUAAGGUGUGUCAUAUAUCAUGCGGCGAAGAUUUCACAGCAUUUCUGACGUUAGAUGGAGGCGUGUUUACUUGCGGCUCAGGAGAAUAUGGUCAGACUGGUCAUGGAACCACCAGAGACGAGUUAGUUCCUAAGAAGGUGAUGGAACUAAUGGGUAGUACGGUGACACAAGUGGCGAGCGGGCGCCGUCACCUGCUGUGCGUAGUCGGAGACCGCAUCCUGGCGUGCGGGUACGGCGCUCGCGGUCAGCUCGGCUGCCCUCACAUGACCUUCGCAUUGGUACCCACACCGGUACCCUUCACACCUAAUGAUGAUUCACCGACUGAUAAUAUUGGACAAAGUAAGCCCCGGAAGAAAUCCAAGAUGGACAAGGCUAGGAGUUCUAGCAAAGGCAGCGGGCGGUUCUCUAAACUUGACUUCAUAUCGGAUAUAUUCAGUGGUCCAAUAAAAGUGUUUGCGGGUGGUGACCACAGUUUUCUUAUAAUGAGCAACGAUAAAACUCUGUCUGACUUUAGAGUGCCUGACGCUAAAAAACAGAUCCUAACACUCACACUGCCGAGACUUGCUGCAUGUGAAAUGUUUAAAGAUGAUGAUACUGUCAACCAAGAUCUGAUGGCAUAUUUAGAGACAGUGUUUGGUUCACUGGCCUGCAUGAACGGCUCCUUCCUGCAGGCGAACAGCGCUCACUUCGGUUGUAACACCAAAGUGCCUGGCGUCGAUUUGAAGAGAGCAGAGGAAGCGUUCACACUUAUAAGCAGAUUUGAAAAUACAUCUAUAAAAAAUCUUAUUUUCACUCACUUAACCGAGAAUAUAAUAAAAAAAAUGAAAGCAUCGCCCCCUGACGCAGAGGUACUACGAGUAUUCUUAAUAUUACCGUUAUAUCAUGAGAUGAGAAACCCACGUCGACAUCCUGAAUUACAGGGUCCAUUUGCGGAAGCAUUUAACAAAUUAGCUACGUAUCCACAAAAGAUAGUGCAAAUGUGGUGGGAAGCGCAAACCACUGAUUACUUUGAAAUGCUCGUGGACAUAUUUAAGAGUGUUAUUGUUUACGAAUUACAUACUGUAGUGCGAGUUAAUAAGAAGUUAUCUUUCACUCACAGUAUAGUGCAGAUUUUGAAUGCAUUAUCAUUCUUAAAUAAAAUUAAUUUCGUGAAUCCAAAGAAACCCAAAAUUCCAGCUGAAUGUUUUUAUAUAGAAGAUCUAUGCGACUAUGUGGACAUUGCAACGGAUUACAUACAUUGGCUUGCUGAUCAGGAUUCGUCACAACCGCACAUGUGUAACUACGCGUUUUUAUUCGACGUGCAAUGUAAAUCAUUGCUAUUGAAGAUAGAUCAGCAAGUGCAGAUGCAGAUGGCCAUCAGCAGAGCCGCCACGCAGAUACUGACACGCCUCUUUUUCGACCCUACCUUCGAGUACCAGAGGAACCAGUUCCUAAACCUCACGGUGUCGAGGAACCACCUGGUGAGGGAUACCAUGAUGCAGAUCAGCAGCCAUGAUACGUCACAGCUCAAGAAACCUCUUAGAGUAGAAUUCGUGGGCGAGGAGGCGGAGGACGCGGGCGGCGUGCGCAAGGAGUUCUUCAUGCUGCUACUCAAGGAGAUCUUCGACCCAGUCUACGGCAUGUUCAAGCAGUCCGAGGAGACCAAUAUGAUAUGGUUCUCCAACAACCCUUUUGAAGAUGAUGUUAUGUACUAUUUGAUUGGUGCAAUAUAUGGUCUAGCUAUAUAUAAUUCUAUAAUUAUAUAUGUACCGUUUCCAUUGGUGUUGUACAAGAAACUGCUCGGAGAGUCAGUUAUGUUGGACGAUCUGUCAGAUCUGUAUCCAACAUUGGCCAACAGUUUGAGGAGUUUGUUAGAGUAUCCAGAUGAAGAUGUCGAGGAGGUGUUCAGUUUAUGUUUCGCGGUGAACACAAUUGUGUUCGAUGAGAUACAAGUUCACAAUCUGAAGGAGAACGGCGAGAACAUUCCCGUCACACACGAGAACAAGGAGGAGUAUGUGGAGUUGUACGUAGACUUUCUGCUCAAUAAAUCUGUGCUCAAUCAAUUCAAAGCUUUCGAUCAAGGAUUCCAGAAGGUGUGUGGAGGUAGGAUUAUAAAGUUGUUCAGAUCACACGAGCUGAUGUCUGUUGUGAUCGGCAACGAGGAGUACGACUGGGAAAUGUUUGAGAACAAUUGUGAAUAUAAAAAUGGUUACACCUCUACUGACCCACAGAUUAGAUGGUUCUGGGAGGUGUUCCAUGAGCUAUCUCUAGAGGAUAAAAAGAAAUUCCUUCUGUUUCUGACGGGCAGUGAUCGUGUUCCCAUACAGGGUAUGAGAGAUAUCAAAAUCAGAAUACAGCCGGUAGCUGAUGAAAGAUUUUAUCCCGUAGCCCACACUUGCUUCAAUCUACUCGACUUACCUCGGUACAACACCAAAGAACGGCUUAAGUACUAUCUCCUGCAAGCUAUACAACAGACGCAAGGCUUCUCCUUAGUGUGAACACAAUACAAAUGGUACUCCUAUCGAAUUUAAUUCGAUUACGAAUUUGUUAUUUUAUUAUGUCGUAAAAUGUAUCGUAUUGAAUCAAAAAUAGACAGUUAGAUAGUUGAAUUGACAAUAAGCUUAUUUAGAUUUUUUUUUUA